AUGCAAUCUCCAUGUCACAUUCUAAUCGCUUUCACAUGUUUUUCUGAUCUACUUCACGAACUCGGCCAGUAUCCGUUUGUGUAUCACUUCUACAACAGGAGUAACAUGCCCCAACAUACUUGUCUCUAUCUGCAAUUAAUACCUGUGUAUGGCGCAUGCAUUGGAAGUCCGCUGAUACUGAGCCUCGGAGUAGAUCGUCUAAUCGCGAUAUCGUUCCCUUCGAGGUACCGCUUCCUGCAAACAAUACCGUACAGUUAUGUUGCAUGCCAGCUGACCUUACCUAUGGCUUAUACUAUAUACCUUCUCACAUGGGCCUUAGUAACCAGAGAAGAUUCACCUGUCCAGUGCUCCGUCCCUCAGGCUUUCGGUAGCGUUUCUUUCGCAUUACUCAACCAAAUUGGAUUCGCUAUCAACGUUAUCAUUGUAAUUCUCUACUGUUUAACAUAUUUUCUGCUGAGAAAGAGCAAAGCAAAUUCAAAAAUGAGGACAGUAUUCAAGUCGAUUUUCGUCACUGUUGCCAUCGUGAUCGUCGGCUGGUUUGCAACGUUUCUCGUCAACACUUUAUCUUUUGUGAUCACUGAAGAUCCAUACGUACGAAUGGUGAUCAACAUGUAUGCAGGAAUAACUGUGAACAUCGGAUUAGCUGCCAAUGUUUUUGUUUACUACGCAAUCAAUUCUGAGUAUCGCGCAGUGAUUAAACAGAUGUUUGGCAGACGCUUCUUCAUAUCGACGGUAAAAGAAAUCAGCGCAAAGCAAAGUACGAUGCACGGUCUGGAUUCCAAGUCUCGUAUUAACGGAAAGAAGAGCGCUACAAUCUUGUUUCAACCAAGAUGA